AAACUUUUAAAACUUUUUUAAUGACUUAUGAGCCAUAUGGUUCAUUUAUAUUACCAAUAUUUACAUCUGGAUCUAUCAAAUGCAUCGAAUAUCAAACUCAGAUUCAGGUCAUCAUGUUUAUUUCCAUACAAAGUACUUAAUUGUGAUACAGUUAUUGGUUAUUAAAUUACGCAUAAAAGUAUUCCGCAGUAUUUAUUUCGGACAUAGUAAGGUACUUCUACCCAAACUUAUCAACCUCAAGUUGGCGGGUUCAUUUAUAAAAUCAGUUAUGCACGUAAUCUAAUGGCUCAAUAAUAUAUAGUAUAAUACAAAAUAAGUACGUUGGAGUAUUGCACGGCUGGUUUUCAAAA